GGGGCUGGAAAUCCAAUAGGUACGAGCUCCGCUGAAGUUUCUCAAACACUAUCAAUGAGGAUUUCCAUUCUGGACCUUAAAAAAGCGGAAUUGGUGAAGAAUGAGAAGGAAUCGUUUUGGACGUUUUGAAUGAUUUUGCAGAGUUUUUAAGGGCGUUUUUAUCUAGUUAGUGAUGUGCGUUUCUAACUUUUAAUGCACAUCGGUAUGUUUCAGUGAUGUGGAGAGACAGAUGCAACUGCGCGUUUGAAUGACCAAAGCUUUUUCCUGAUGCAUUUGGACAAGUUUUCAAAGUUGGAACUAUUUUAUGCUGGUAUUGUAGCUCAUCGUUUAGUUUCCCCCCUCGUUCUACCUGUAGUUUUUUGCUUUUGCGCGCGCGGGAUUUAAUUGGUUGGAUGUAACGACGCGGAUAUAUAUAUAUAUUUUUUUUAAUAUAUAGCCUGCAAAUUAGUUUUUGUUGUUUUUGAAUAUUCUUUUCUAUUGUUAUUGGGCUGCUGUCAGCCUCAGAGGAUUUAUGAUGCGGUGGGUGAAGUAUUGGGGGGCAGUGGCUGUGCUGUGCGGGCUGCUGUGCUGUGCUGUGAAUGGAUGCCCACAUAAGUGCAGUUGUUCGGGCUCUCAUGUGGAUUGUCAGGGUCAAGGCUUCAGGACGGUGCCCAGGGGAAUCCCGAGGAAUGCCGAGAGACUGGAUCUGGACCGGAAUAACAUCACCCGGAUCACCAAAGUGGACUUCUCUGGCCUCAAGAACCUGCGCGUGCUACAUCUGGAGAACAAUCAAAUAAGUGUGAUCGAAAGAGGAGCAUUUCAGGAUCUCAAACAGCUUGAAAGAAUCCGCCUGAACCGGAACCGGCUGCAGGUCCUGCCAGAGCUGCUGUUCCAAUCCACACCCAAGUUGGGCCGCCUGGACCUGAGCGAGAAUCAGAUUCAGGCUGUUCCUCGUAAGGCUUUCCGAGGGAUCACCGCCGUCAAGAACCUGCAACUGGACAGCAACCACAUCAGCUGCAUCGAAGAUGGAGCCUUCCGAGCCCUGCGCGAUUUGGAGAUACUGUGA